AAACCUCUCAGCCAUGUUAUGGUACCAGACUCCGAUACCCCAGAUGACUCUCUAGUCUCCUCUCCCUCCACACCCCACCACAGAUGAGCCGUGUCCUCAGCACUCCUCUCCUAAACCCCUGCUCCGCCGUAUCAGCGAGUCUCUAGAGUCCAGGAAGGUUCUACUCAGAACAUGGAGUGUAAAUAAUGUGGGGACCUUGACACAGAGCCCCUCUCUCUUGGAGAGGUUAGGAGGGUUGAGUGUGUGGGCCAGCACCCCCGCUGUUAGCAGCACCACCGCUGUUAGCAGCACACAGGAUAAUGCUAACAGUGCACAGGACACCCCUGCUACACACCCUACACAGGAAGAGGAGGAGGAGGAGGAGAAGGAGAGAAGGGAUAAGCGGGAGUACGAUGUAGUAGUAGAAGAAGACUCACCUGACGAAGAUAUUCCCCUACCUGACCCCAGAACGAUGUCCUUAUCCAGAAAGAGCAACAUUGUGUCCCUAAACAGCAAGAUGAAGAGGAGUAUGAGUAGCCUAAGCUUGUUUAAGGCUCCCAGGAUUAGGAGGAAACGGAAAAAGGGCGGUCUCGGCAAAGGAAUAGAGCCUCAAACCUUGUCGUUUGAAGGGGAGAUAGAUUUUGACUUGAAAGUGCUUGGUUCGAAAGAGUUUGUUGAUCUAAGGUAUCAGGAUCCAGCCCAAGUCAUCUACACGGAGUGGAGAAAAUCUAACAAAACGAAGUGCCGGCUGAAUGCUGAUGAGCAUUAUAAAAUGAGUCACAGACACUGCAAGCAAAUGUGAGAUGAUUAUUAUGAUAAGAUGAUAAGAAACUGGAAUAUUAGCAAUUAAGAGAUAUUUAUAUGUUACUUAACUAAAUGCUUUGUACUAUUCAUUACAUGUUAUACUCAUAUUUCUUUAAGUUUAAAUCUUUACUUGAAAUGAUGUUACGUUUUUAAUUUGAACCCUUUGGUUUAAUUAUUGUACAAAUGAAGACUAAACAAAUUAUUUGGGUUCAUAAAAAGUGUGUAUAUAUACUCAAUUGGUCUGAAACAUAUUAUGUUAAUAGUAAAAUUGAUUUGUUGGACUGUUUUCUGAUAAGGGC